AUGCAGUUAGUCAACAAGGUGAUCGAGAUUUCCGCUGCCCCUGAGGUAGUGAGGCAAAAGUUCCUUGACUUUCCAUCUAUUUUCACAUAUCACCCCGAUGGGUUUAUUAAGACCAUCAAGCCAGCGCGCCAAGACAAGCCCAUUGAAGCCGGUGACCGGAUGCUAGUCGAGCUUGAAAUUGGCAAGAUGGAACCGAUCAUGAUCGAGAAUUCUCCAGAUUGCUUCAGUUGGGGAGGAAGUCUUCCCCUCAAUAGCUUUAACGGCAACCACAGCUUCCGUUUCGAGCCCAGUGCCACAACUCCGGGUGGCACAACGUUCACCCAACAAGAAGAGUUUACAGGGUACCUAUCCUUUAUCGUGGGUGAAGGAGUUAUUGCUCGCUCUCUUGGGAUGAGAGAGAAGACGGAGAAGGGGUUUGAGAAGUUCAACAAAGAUUUGAAAGCCUGGUGUGAGAUGGCAUAG